AUGUCUGCUGUUGAUGUCGCAUUGAGCCCGAUCCCCAAAGGGACUGCAAAAUCCGCUGUCUCUUUCGAUCACAGCCGUCGAUUCAAAUCCAUUUUGAUCUACAUCACUUUCGGGGGUUCCUCGAUCCCCAUGCGAGUAAUGGAGUCGGACUCCAUUGCAUCAGUCAAACUUAGGAUUCAGACAUGCAAAGGUUUUGUAGUAAAGAGGCAGAAGCUAGUUUUCGCGGGCUGGGAGCUAUCAAGAACCGAUUCUAAUGUCAAGGACUAUGGCAUAAGUAAUGGGAAUGUAGUGCACUUGGCUCUGAGGAUAUCUGAUAUCCUGUUGAUCAGCGUUAGGACACCCUGCGGUAAGGAGUUGUUUGAGUUGCGUGUGGAUAGGCACAGAAAUGUAGGGUACUUAAAGCGUAGGAUCGCAAAAAAGGGUAAAAAGGGACGGAUUUUUUGUCUCGAGGACCCACCGGAUAUCUUUUUCCGUGGGGAGAAGCUCGAGGAGGACUACAGGCUGAUCCACGACAUUACCGACAGUUCAGAUCCGAUUAUUCACUUGUUUGUCGUGCAGAAGCCCGCAAAAAUCCGGACGAGGCCCAUCGAGAAAGAAAUCAAGAUCUCGGUCGUGGCUCCCGAUUUCAAGAAGACCUUAGAGCCGAUUUUUGCGGGCCCACAAGUGGACCUACCCCCAUUUCUGCAGGAAAUGAUCUGGCGCAUCUCGGAAGGUUUAGCUAGCGGGAAGCAGCCAAUCAGGUCGUCUGAGGGAACGGGCGGGACAUACUUUAUGCCAGACUCUUGCGGAGAAAAAUACUCGGCAGUUUUUAAGCCGGUGGAUGAAGAGCCUCUGGCCAAGAACAAUCCUCAAGGCCUGCCGAUAUCAAUGAACGGCGAGGGUUUGAAGAAGGGCACGCGGGUGGGCCAGGGGGCGUUUAGGGAAGUCGCGGCGUACUUAUUGGACCACCCGAGAAGCGGCCCUCGGUCCAAAUCGUGUGAUCUGGAGAAAAUCGGGUUCGCGGGCUUGCAGCCUACGGUUAUGGUGGGGUGCCUGCACGGAGGAUUUAACCACCCAGAUGGGUUCGAGUGGUCGGACGAGUGCGUGAAGGUCGGUUCUUUGCAAGUGUUUGUGAAGAAUGAAGGGAGCUGUGAUGAUGUGGGCCCCAGGGAUUUUCCGGUCGCUGAGGUUCAUAAGAUUGGCGUGUUUGAUAUGAGGACAGCAAAUGCGGAUAGGCAUGCAGGGAAUAUCUUGAUUUGUAGGGAUGAGGAAGAAACGGGAAGGAUUGUGUUGGUGCCGAUCGAUCAUGGCUAUUGCUUGCCUGAAAAUUUCGAGGAUUGCACGUUCGACUGGCUCUAUUGGCCGCAAGCACGUGAACCAUUCUCCCAAGAAACACUCGACUACAUCAAAUCACUCGAUGCCGAGCAAGAUAUAUCUCUUCUCAACUCUUAUGGGUUAAAACUCUCGCCUGAAUCCACCCGAACGCUCCGAAUUUCCACCAUGCUUCUGAAAAAAGGGGCUGUGAGGGGCCUUACGCCGUUCCAAAUAGGUAGCAUCAUGUGCAGGGAAAAUCUGAACAAGAAAUCGGUGUUAGAGGAGAUUGUUGGUGAGGCUAACGACUCUUUGCUUCCACAAAUGAGCGACUCGGCAUUUUUUGAAGCAUUGUCCGAGACAAUGGACUCCACACUCGACAAGCUCAUGUGUGUUUAUGUAUAG